AUGGACGACAGCAGUCAGCAUGAAGACAGCAGGACUACAAAGUACAGCGCUCCGAAAGACAAGAACUGCCCCUUUUGUGGCCAGCCCUUCACCUCGUCGUCCCUCGGCCGCCAUCUCGACGUAUACAUAAAGGAGAAGAACCCUAAGCCUUCGGAUGGCGUCCACGAUGUCGACGCCAUCCGCAAGAUGCGUGGCAACAUCACCCGCCGCCAGCCCCGGGGCUCGACGGGUCCUCGCCGUGGCGUCUCGACCCCGAUCAGCACCCCCAAGAGCUCCACGGCCAGCAAAGACGGCGCCUCCCGUGACAGGGCGUCUGCCGUCCCUCCCCUCCCCAGGGACGGCCAGUACGCCGUCGACUCGUCCCUGAGCCAGUACUCCUCCUCCUACGGUACCCCCCGGUGGGAUCUCAACGCCUCCGCCAACGACCUUGCCGACGCUGCCACGCCGGACAUUGGCAGGAGGCCCAGGAACGUGAGCCGCCAGAUCAUCAACAAGGCACAGUUUGACGCCAAGCACCGGCUGGCCGAUGCCGUGGACACGGCCAGGGCAGCCGAGCUGGCACUCCGCGAGCUGCUCGGCUCCUGGCAUGCUGCCAAACAACGGAUCGACGCCACCUCGAUGCCCUUUGACUUCGACCCCCUCUCCCUCGACUUCCCAGCCCUCACACUGCAGUGCCUGCAGCCUCCGCCCACACUCUUCUCGUCGACGCAGCACCCCACCUCGACCUCGUGGUCCGUCCAAUCUCCGGGCCAGCGCGAGUUCGAUGCCCUGCGAGCUUUCUUCGACGACCAAUUCAAGUCGUGGAAGGCGACCUGCCAGUCGGCAGCCGACGACGUCUCGGACGACUCCGCAUGCGCCUCAGCUGCCAACGGCAUCACCCGAGACAAGCGAGACCAGCUGCGCAAGGCAGAAAAGGCGGCCGACGACCUCGAGAAGCAGAUCCACGAGCACCUGCAGUCGGCCUACACCGUGUGGGACAGCCUACCGCCGGCCCGGCAGAACGAAGUCUGGGCUCUGGAGAUGGCCCGCAGCGUCGGACGGAAGCACAAGGAGGGCCUCAAGAUGAAGGAGACGCAGCGCAAUCUGGAGCAGGAGAACGCCCACCUCAAGGCCCAGAUUGACCAGCUCAACAGGAGGCAGCAGCCCAGAGAGUUCAGGUCGCUGGCACCCCAGACCUUUCCCAUGGACAGGGAUACCAUCGCCCACGCCUACGAGCUGGGCGUCAAGGGUGCGUCGCUGAGCGGGCUGCAGACGGACGACGGCCAGCUCGACAUCGGCACCCUGGUAUCGCGGUCCAUCGAGCGUUGGAAGACGGUCGUCUCAGGCAUACCGGACCAGCGCUUCAUGAUGCAAAACGGCACCGGUAGCCCCGUAGGCAGGACAGCCAUGAACAUGAGCAGAUCCAUGCCUCACAUGAACAUGGCCAUACAGACCAACGGUAUGCACGCCGGUGACAUGGGCAUGGCUGCUAUCCAAGGCAUGCGCAGCGAUGCCAUGUACAUGGAAUAG